AACGGCCGAUAUUAUCGAUCGAGCCGAAGGGAAAACAUCGAAUCGAGAUUGGUUAGAAAAUUGGGAGCCGCGGGAACGAUCCGAGGCGAACGAUUUUAAAUUACGAAUUUACCGUACGUCUAACGGGGAAGGGAAUCGAUUCGAGACCGUGUCAACGCACUUGGACGAACCGUUUCCGAUUCAUCAGCUCGCUCGGUUCGUCCACCACCACCUCCUAGAAGAAACUGUAUUGUGCGACCAUGAAAGUGGUUCGAUCGAGGAAUGCCGGAAAGAAAGUGAUACUAGUGUAAUGUUAUACACUUGGGAGAAACCUGUGCAUCGUACUUGUGCCACCGUAUGAUUUUACUUUCCUCGAAAAAUUAUGCAAACCGACUACCCGAAGCGACGCGGAUGGAAUCGUUUAUCCGUGAAAACACGGUUGGUUUCGCGAGUGGCGAUCGCUCGAUGAUUCGAAAUAAUCGUUUGGAUAGAAAUAAAGCGAGCUGAAAACCUAGACAAGCAAGACGUCUGCGAGAGGAUAGUGAUGUCCGCCCUCCGCUAUCACAACAUAGCAAUGAUGGAGAACGGAUACGUGUGCCUUCUGGGCAAGUUCCACAACGUUCUUUACGUGGCGGCCAAGCUCUGCUUCGAUUGGAACCUUGACAACAACGAGAUCGUGUCCCGCUUGCUCAACGACAUCUUCUACUGCGAGAAAACGUUCGAGCGUAUCCUCGUGGGCGCUAUUUUCGGCACCCGUGUCACUCACUUCCUGUCCGGGUGGAAGAGCGACUUCGAGGACCGCGAGGAGAACCUUCGCGCCCUCAUGUACUUCUUGCGCCACGCCACCCUAGGCAAAUUGGAGUACCGUUGCGCCUGUUCCCCUCUCAAACGCCGAUUCAUCGACGUUCCCAUGGAAUCUUACGGCCAGGUGUCGCCUUUCAGAGUGGCCAUCCAACACGGCUCGCCGGACAUCCUUUUGAUCAUGCUCCGUUACGGCGCCUCGGUCGAAUGCGACAAACUCGCCCCGACCCCCCUCGAGAUACUGCUGAGCAAGCUGAGCGAGUACGACGCCCAGUCAGGUCAGGAGAGAAACGCGUACCCGGAACACUUGCUUCUUUGCCUGAGAUUAGUGCUGAGGACCGUGACGACUGGUUUCGUGAAGACGCCUGAAUACAUCGCCGAGCAGAGCGGCGUGUUCAGCGUUUCCGUUUACGAACAGUAUCCGACUUUGGUCGAGCAGAAGCUGGUGCCGCCCGAGAGGAGCGGCCUUCGCCCCCCCGAAUUGAGACAUCUUUGCCGGUGCCGGAUCAGGGAGGCUCUGUUCGAGAACUGGGCGUUGCCGCACGGGAUACAGCAACUUCAAAUACCGGAGUCGUUGAGGAGUUAUUUGGAUCUGCUUCGGGAUUGAGAUUCAGAAAUGUUUCAGGGAUUUGAAUUACGCUUGGCCUAUCGAAUCGCGCUCGUCUAUUUUUUCGUGGAGAAAGGAUAUUUUUUUCACCGAGAAAGAUGAAAGUUUGGGAGGAAUCACGUGAAAUAAAAUUAUACGACUGUGGAAUUGGGGGCCUUAAAUAAUCGAUUCGAAUAUUAAAAUAUUAGAAAUUGAUCAAUUGUUUGUAAAGUGGCUUGUGUUUUUAUUAUCUUUACGGAUCGAUGAAUGUACGUGUAUAAAUAUUUCGUUAAAGUAUUAUUGUGUUUUUAGAAAUUAUCUAUAUAUAUCUAUGUAUAUGCUAUUAUUAUAAUGCGUGAUUUACAAUUAGAUCUUUUUCAUUCCUUUCAAGUAUAAUAUUAAUUUUAUUGAUGUAACGUGAAAUUUUGUUAAAUCAGGAUUUAAUAAAAUCCUUUUUAAGAAGGAAA